AUGUCAACACCGGAAGAGGUUAUUUUUCCUCCUUUAUACAUCAGAUCUGUCAUUGACAAGACUGCUCAGUUUGUUGCCAAAAAUGGCCAUCAUUUUGAAAAUCGCAUUCGAUUCGAUCAAUCAAAAUCAGCAGGUUCUAAUAACAAUAAAUUUAGUUUUCUGGAUCCCCAAAAUGCCUAUCAUCUUUACUAUAAAUUGAAGCUCUCAGAGCUCCAGGGUAACAAAGUGCCGGAAAUAAACCCCUCAAUUCCACAAGCGAUCCUAGAUAAACGAAAACGACUCGAAUUAAAAAAUAAACACAAAGAAAGAUUACUGGCGCUAUCGGACUUCAGAUCUGCUACAGAAUCGCUUCAAAAGCCGGAAGAAGACUUAUUUACACAUACACUUCCACCUGUAAGUGUAUUGAUAGAUUUAAUAAGACUGUGUUCUAACGAUGUUUAUAGGGAAAUAAUAAAGAAUACUGCGCUGUUUGUGGCGAGGAACGGGCACAAGUUCCUAGUUGACCUAAAUAAACGAGAAAAAAACAACCCACAAUACGAUUUUUUGAACCCAUCGCACUACCUGUUCAGCUUUUUCAGCAACAUAACGGACUCGUACACAAAGUGCCUAGUGCCGCCGAAGGCGCAGAUAGAAAAGCUGAACCAGAUAGGCAAGGACAGACUAUAUUACCUGCAACUGUGCCAGAAACGCGCGGACUGGGACGCAAACGAAGCAGAAAAGCUGGAGUCGGAAGAGGCGAGGAAGAAGGAGGAGAAGCUGGAGAUGAUGUCGCUCGACUGGUAUUCAUUCUUUAUAGCGGAGACCAUAAAGUUCAACGACGUGGACGAAGACCUGCCGGUGCCAAUAGACUUCUCAAACCCAGACGCACUGCUGAGGUUCUCGUACAAUUCGCUCUUCGCGCCGAAGGCGGAAGUGGAGCUUAAAGAGGUGCCCCUCGUCAACGACAUUGCGGAAAUCGAUAGCAAAAUUCAACUUUCAGAGCAGCUCGUUCAGCCUGAAGUUCCAGCUGAGAAGGCGGAGACUCCGUCGAAGGCCGAAGCUGAGGAAGCCUCAGCGCAGCCGUCCAAGUUCUCGGACCCGCCAGUGUCGACUAAGCCAGUGAGAGACGACACAAGAAUAGUCCAGGAUGGAGACGAGGUGAUCAAGGUCAAGAGAACGUAUUCGAGGACAAGGAAGUCGUCGGACACCGUGAUGCAAAAGUGUCCAAUCACAGGCCAGAUGGUCCCGUCCUCAGAAAUGUCGGAACACCUGAGAAUUUUACUCCUGGACCCGAAGUGGAAGGAGCAAAAGGACAAGUUUAUGGAGAAGGCCAUGCUCGACUCAGCACUGGCGCCGCUCGAGGAUGUUGGAAGCAACCUAUCGAGUCUCGUGGCACGCAGGCCUGACAUAUUCGGAUCUCCCGAGGAAGAGGUUAGUAGAUGGCAUCAAACGAGCAUUUAUAGAUCAAGGACCACACUGAGGGGAACCAGUACAUAA